GAAGGUCUGCCAAGUGGCACCUAGUGCCAAAGGGGAGCGCUCUGCUAACAUCGCCGCCUGGCGCCAGGCACAGAGGCUCAUGAGCCACUUCCUGGGUCCCAGUAGGACACCCUGUCCACGGGCCACCAAUCACAACACGGCUCCAGUCGGUCCGCGAGGGGACUCGGCGCUUACUACACAGCAGCCCUCCUUACGUGGUACUAUAGAGGCAGAGCACACCAUUAACAACUCAGGCCCAUCAAAGGGAACUUACUGUCAUCAGAGACUUUGUAACCUUCCAGAGCCUCAAUCCAUGGCAACUAAGAUGAAGGAGACGAAUGGUGCUUAUGCUCACCCUCCACCUCUGUGUUCUCGUAACGGUAUCAUCAAGAGCAAAACUGCCUCCCCCUCCUCCUCCUCCGCUUAUUCUUCCUCCUUCUCCUCCCCCUCCUCCUCAUCCAGUCCACCCUCUUCCUCUUCCCGCAUUACCCAGACCGCUCCACACCACCACCACCCCACUGUGCAUGAAAAGGAGAACCACAACCAGGAGGGCCCAGAAAAGGAGAACCAGAGCCAGAACCAAAAAAACUGGAACCAAAUGAGUCGUCGACUCUCAAACGUCUCUGGCAAAGCCCCAGUGGUGGCCUCGUGCGUGGAUGAGCUCCCCAGUGCAGAGCACUCCUGCCAGCCAGCCAGAGAUGUCCGGGGCCUCCUGCUGUGGGACCAGCAGACACAGCUACACGCCAUGUUUUCUGGGGGAGCACAGGCCCGUACAGCAGCAGCAGCAGGGUCUGCGAGACCACAGUCGCUCAACGCAACAAAGUUGCAGACCGGGACAGCAGCAGACGCCCCCUCUUCCUCCCCCUGGUCUACUGGAGAUACUGAAACACACACACAACAGUCACCUGCAUCAGAGAAAACUCAAACACACACACAACAACAACACAUACCUGUGCCGGUGAAAACAGAAGCGCGCACCCAAUUAUCAGGACACGCCUAUUGGGCGUCUGUGUCCGACUCCGAGAGAGCCGAAAGCUGCACACAGAUAGAACACACUCGUGCGUCGUCUCGUGCAUCAAGGGAAACACACACAGGGCACACACACGUAGCACCACCAGGCGGCCGCAAGUUUCGGCCAGGCCUGCAGGAGUACAUGAGGCGCCAGAGAGCGAUGAGGAGGAGGACGAUGAGGGGGAUGGCUCUGCAGGCGGAGGAGGAGGAGGAGAGGAGGAAGAGCAGACUGAAGGAGCUGAGUAGGAGACAGAGAGACGCGCUGGUGCAGAGGAGGACAGACAGGAGGACCAUGGUGAGCGUCGUCUCGACGACGGAAAAAGAGUUUGCUGCAUGUCCAAGGGAGCCAAGUGGCCAUCCGUGGAACAGUUCUGGAGCACGUCAGCAACACGCCACAGUGGCUGCAGCAGAGGAAAGCACCUCGUCAGCAGAUGAGGAGGAGGAGGACAGCACACCUGUGGGCUCCCCGGUGCAGGUGUGGGCAGGCCGCCGGACUACACUGGACGUCAGCAUGGCCUCGACAGGCCGAACCACCAGAGGGCUCGUGGGCUCACUUCCUGUCCAGCUCCAGCCAGGUGUCCUCCGUCUGAGCCAGAGGGAGAGGAGGAUGGAGAUGCUGAUGGGGGUCUCAGCUGUUCUGGAUGCCCGGCUGGAGGAGGUGGAGGUGGUUCUGGGUCCAGUUGUAGAGCUCCAGUCUGCUGCAGUUCAGAACCUGCAGGUUCUAGAAGAUUCUGAUCCCCGCCGGGGUGACUUUUCCAACCUCCCGUGUGAAAACGUGCAUAUUCCAGUUAUCCCUGACCUCAACAGUAAGCUCCAGGAUCCAGCUCCACAGCCCUACGUAGUACACACCACGCCUGGUUCUGCUGUGAAUCUGAUGAGGUCCGCGUUGAUGCUGCACCCAUCCCCCAAAACCCCACCCUGCCUGGAGACAUGCAUCACCCCCAACACCUCGCUCCAUCCUGGGUCUGCCGUAGUCCCUACAACCCUGCCCCAGCCUCGUGCUCACACUGCUCCCAUGGAAACUCUACUCUUCCAGCCAGGGGCUCGCCAGACAGCUCAGGGGCCCCGGACAGCUCCAUCACUGUCUACAGACAUGUCCAUCCAUCAUGCUCAGACUGUGGCGGAAGAAAAGCAUGCGCAUUAUAUUUAUUCUGAUGAUGAAGCAGCGGGCCCAGAACACUUCAGGAGCAUCACUCCGUCAGGGAGCUGCAGCAGCUCUGACAGCAGCAAGGAUGUUUUGAUAUGGACCUCAGUUCGUCAGCAUACUUAUAGUACAGCCAGAGUGAACACCAAGACAGACAAACAUUUUUCAUCUACUUUCUGGACUCCUGAGAAACUCUAAUUUGAAUAUUUUUCAAACAGAGAAAUAAGAAAUAAAACUAGAUUGCAUUCUCUC